AUGGAAUCGCCCAAAGUAUUCAUAACCGGAGCAACCGGCUACAUUGGAGGAGACUUCCUCUAUGCAGCCUACCAUUCUCAUCCGGAAUGGAGCUUCUCUGCGCUUGUUCGAAGCCAGGAAAAAGCAGCAAUUCUACAAGAAGCAUUCCCAAACGUCAGGCCUGUCUUUGGUGACCUCAACUCGACGGACGUGCUGCGGGAGGAGGCUUCGGCCGCAGACAUAGUUCUUCACUUCGCCGAUUGCGAUCACGAAGAAUCUGCUGGGGCUUUCAUCGAAGGCCUCAAGUUCCAUCCUGCAGAGCGACCAGGGUGGUACAUCCACACUUCGGGAACGGGCAUCUUGACCGUUGAAGACGGUAGAGCCAACACAUGUGGGGUGCACCGCUCAAAGGUCUAUGACGACUGGGACGGUGUUUUGGAACUAUUGAAUCUUCCAGACGACGCUUUUCACCGAAACGUGGACAAGAUUGUAACCGAGACAAUCGCAUGGCCCACAAAGAACUUCAAGACCGCCAUUGUUUGCCCUUGCUGCAUCUACGGGCCUGGCAGAGGCCCGGGAAACACCAAAAGCACGCAGGUUUACACGCUGGCCACCACCGUUCUUGAACGAGGCAAGGGUAUUAGGAUCGGAGAUGGCGAGAACAUAUGGCAUCAGGUUCACAUCCAAGAUCUCAGCAACCUUUACCUAGCUUUGACUGAAGCUGCAGCUAGUGGCGGAGGCAAGGCGACAUGGGAAGAAGAGGGCUACUACCUAGCAGAGAAUGGAAGCUUCUCGUGGGGUGACGUGGAGAAGGCUGUUGCGCAGGUGGCCUUUGACAAAGGAUUGAUCAAGACAUCGGAACUUGAUGUUCUUGACUGGGAUGGCGUUGUCAAAGAGGAUCCUAAAGGUCCUUACAGAUGGGGCUCCAACUCCAGGGGUCUUGCGACCCGCGCCAGGAAGUGUCUUGGGUGGAACCCUGUUCAACCGAAGCUCAUGGAUCUUAUUGGAGACAUUGUGGAACUUCAAGCCAAGGACCUCAAAUAG